GGCCGGCGGGAGCAGCUCCCGUGCCGAUGCUGCUGCCGGCCUGGGAACUGUGCCUCUACGGGCUCCUGACCGUGGGCUCCCACCUCUACGCGUUCUACGAAGCGCACCAGGUGUCUCGAAAGUAUGAAGCUGCAAUGGACAGAAGGUUUGGGCUGGAACCAGGGACUCUCUUUCGGGGGUUAAAAAAGGACCCCAUGGACUUUGAGUGGAGCUACUGGAUUGAAUGGGGAAGGGAGCAUAUACUGUGGCUUCUGGCUGGUCACCUGCUGGUGUCACAGACAUCUAGGCUCUUGGUGGAGAAGUAUAAACCGUGGUGCUUGAUGGUUUAUGGAAUGGCUGCCUGCUGGUUGUUACUGGGAAUCAAGGGCUUUGCUGUCAUUUUGUUACAUGCAGCUAUUUCCUUUGCUGUGGCUCAGUUUCAGCUGUCACUCCUGACAUGGUUGUGCUCCCUUAUUCUUCUGUCCACUUUACGCAUACCAGCGGUGGAAGAAACCAAGAGAAAGUGGUAUGACACUGAAAAUGAGUAUUAUCUGCUGCUCUUCACUGUGUCUGUCCGCUGCCUCUUCUGCACUAGCUUCAGCCUGGAGUACUGCUGGCAUGCACCUACCCAGAAGUCAUCCCAUUCAUUCCCCUGGAUGCUGGCAUAUGUGUUUUACUAUCCUACAUUCCACAAUGGACCCCUGGUGAAUUUUGAUGAAUUCAGUAAGCAGAUGAGGAGACAAGAAGCUUUCAGUGUGAAGACCAAUCUCAGCAUCUUAAUUGUGGGCAUAAUUCGUAUUUUCUUUUGGUGGUGCCUGGCUGAGCUGAUGAUUCACCUCAUGUAUAUCCAUGCUCUCUACAGUAGUGCUCUGCCUUUGGAAUCUGCAUCUUACUGGGCCUUGGGUGGCCUGGCUUUAGCUCAAGUACUUUUUUUUUAUGUGAAAUACCUGAUUCUGUAUGGUGUUCCUGGCCUCCUCCUUCAAAUGGAUGGACUCAAACCUCCAGCUCUGCCUUGCUGUGUGAGCCUGAUGCACAGUUUCACUAAAAUGUGGAGAACUUUUGACGUUGGGCUGCAUCGCUUUCUGGUCAGGUACAUUUAUGUUCCAAUGGGAGGAUCUCAGUCCAGUUUGCUUGGAACUCUAUUAUCUACAGCCCUCACUUUUGCCUUUGUAAGCUACUGGCAUGGAGGACAGAGUUAUUUGUGGUACUGGGGCGCACUUAAUUGGCUUGGAGUAAUUGUGGAAAAUGGCACCAAGAGGAUACUUUCCAUUUCACUUAUUCAAGAUUUAAUUGAACGUUUCUUCUCGCCAAGAUUUCGUCGGCGACUUCAUGCUGUCCUAGCAUCUGUUAGCACUUCAAUGCUGAUUUUAUCAAAUCUAAUAUUUCUUGGAGGAAAUCAAGUUGGAAAAAUCUACUGGAACAGGAUCUUUAUAGAAGGCUGGCCAUGGGCAACACUGACUGUUCUCGGGUUCCUGUACUGCUAUUCUCAUGUUGGAAUUGAAUGGGAGCAGAAGUAUGCUGCACAUUAAGAAUGAUGCAAACAAUUAUUAUUAAGGAAAAGCCAUGAGAAACACUACCAGGGCAGCUUGGCUUCAGAGAUACCGUGAGCAACAAACACCAGUUUAUGAGCCUUAUCCCCACCAACUAGGAUACAGCAUUUUUCCAAUUUCACAUGGAUUUCUCUUUCCUGACUAUCAUGACCCUCACCAGAUCUUCUCUCAGUCACACUGUUUACCAGAUGCACAGUAUGAAGUUGGGGCCAGCUGGAAAAAUCAAAAAUCAUGGCCUUAAAAGUUCAACAGUUAACAAACAAGACACUAACAGGACACUCAGUGGAUGUCUACUGGGAAGAUUUAAGCUCCCUUCUUGGACUGGAAUCAAUGAGGAAUGUGCUUUUACUUAACAGAAAUGCAAUCCAUAGACUUAUCUAUACACAGAUAUUUUAUAUAUAUAUGUGUGUAUGUACACGCAUCUGCACAAGCGUAAUCAUACACAUAGUUUAUAUAGUAAAGACAAAUUAUGUAGUAAUUUUUUUCACAGAUUGGCUAAGAGUGAUUGAAAAUAUAUCACCAGAUAGUCACAGUAAGUAUCUUGUUCAGUUCAUUAAAGGGAGGUACUGUAGAAACAGAACAUCGCCUUCGAAGCUGUUAAACGGGGUUGUUCGCUGGGAUUCAGGGCAGAACUGUGGAAGAGAUUUAAAGGAAGAAUGGUGUUUUCAAAAGUAUACUUGUAAUACCAGACAGAAUGUAUCUGAACAAGGUAGGGGUGAGGGCUGGGGUUUGCUUUUUUAAUCCUUUUUCAUGUGCUGCAUAUUUGUAUUCUUUGUAACCAUUUAGCACGAACUUUCAGAAGUUCCCAUUUGACCAAAUCAUAACACAGGCUCCUUCUCUCAACUACCUUCCUUUGGCUGAGAUGUAAUUAGACCAUAGAGUCAAAAUGGAACACAUCAUCUCGUUUAGAAUGGUGCAGGUCAUUUAGCAGGUUGUUAAAUGGCAGAAGCACUAUGCCAGAACACAGUUAAAACUGAGGCUUUGGUUUUUGUUUGGGUUUUUUCUUUAUACUAUCUAUAAGCAUUUACUUGUGAAGGGUCAGAAUCUUAUUUUGAGAGAUCCUUCAAUUCUAAGCUGGAAAAUAGUUUAAGUGAAAAGGCUUAACCAACAUGUAGAGAGGAACACCACAAAAAGGAAAAGCUGACAAAUAAAAUCAAAGAACUAGUAACAAUUAUGAUGGGUCCACAUGCCAUCCAGCCAUAGGCAUCUGUCCGAGUGUAAGGCUCAGUGGAAAAAAAUGGAUUUUGUAACACAGGGGCUUUCAGCCGCCUUUAAAGAAAAAGUGCUGCAUCAGCAGAGCCCGAGCACCAUAGCACAGGUUCAGAUUAGUCUAGGGUUUAAAGGAGUGGGCAUGGAUUUAUUCAUUUUGUUCACUUUUUAAGCUCCCAGUAGUCCAGGGAACACCAAACACCAAAGCUCAUCCUAGAUAGUAUAUUUUUUUCAAAUUCUCUUACAACAAAUGCAGGGUGCUGAGGGAUGAUGCACUCUCCUAUAAUCAGUUUUAGUGCCUGACAGUUCACAAAUAUGGGCCUAAUCUCAGUUACAGCUGUACAGGUGUGACUGACACUAUUGUCACACUCACCUAGAACAGACACACUGAAGGUGCCAUUGCAAGGAGCAAGCAGUUUCUCUGCCAUUCUGUGAUCAUAAUAAAAUUAAUUUUGGCCAUAAUCUUCAAAGACAUUAAAUUUUAAGUGGAAUUCAGAAGUGUGAAGGCUUUAAAAAUAAUAAAUGUCUUUAUAGGCCAUUGCAAGAGCCUGAAAAAAAGCCUUAGAAAAGGACGGAGUGCACCCACCCACUGUUAUACAGGGUGAGGAGUUUGGUAUCAUUCUGAGCAUCAGGUUACACAAGGAGCAUCCCCAGAAAAUGGGGACUUGUCUGCCUUUGUUCACAGGCCUGGGUAAUUAUUACAAUUAGGGGGCUUCUGGGGCUGGUCCUGCUAGGAUUCCAGACUGGGCAAUCAGCAACAGCAGAAUCACCUUUAACAUAUCCCUGAGGGCACACAAAAAUAUCACUGAGAAACAUCAAUUCAGUAUCAGCAACAAAGGGCCAGGUAACCUGCAACUGCAUGUUUAAUUUUAGGUCUGUACUGCAACUUUGGAGAUACUAGGCACGUACUUGGGAGGCUGUAAACAUUUCCUCCCUUGUCCACCUGGGAUAAGCUCAUGUCCCUGUUUAUCCAACAGCAGGUAAAUGGGUGACACUUUCAUAAAGGACUUGCUAAGACUUUCAGCCUUUCAAAAAUUUUAUGAAGUGUCAUGAAUAUCAUGCUGGUGAGGAAUUUGCCUGGAUCAGGAAACUGACUCCAAGGCAGUCUCUGAAAACUUGCUGAAACUUUCAGAAAUCAAUUACAAAUCCUUGGGUAUCAGUUCACUUGGGGAUUACUUAGGUGGUAGCUACUGUCUAAGACGACUAGAAAGAAAAAGAAAUCAUGACAAAGUUUCUCACAGAAGCUGUGGAUGGAUGGGUUUCUGUGGCAGCAAUGCCAUUGCUGUUGCAGGUAACUGCUGCCACUUACAGAAAUUAAAGCACCAAGCACAAACAGCGUGGCUUUAGUCAGAGAGUGCCUUCCCCAGCACUGCAGGUCUGCAGUGAGCAACUGUAAAAGACACCAGGUGCCACUGGAAAAACCUAAGCAUGGAACCAGAAAUAAGUUAAGGAAGUAGCUUCUUGGUUUCAGAGCAACUUGCCUCCCUGCUUGCCUUUUCCUGUGGGAGGGAAGAAGGUAACCUACAGAUUUGAACCCCAGAGUUGUUUCUCAGGAGUGUUUCAAUCCUUGGGUAUGAAUUCACAAUCUGUGGGCACCUCCAUACCAAAACAAGGAGUAAGACAAUGAAAGCUAAUCCUAAACCACCUGCCUCUGGACUUAGAAAUGGUGAUGCUGCGCUCAGAAUAAUUGUUAUCUUUGAGAGCAAGGGCAGUUACUGCAGCAACAGGUACAAACAAACACUCUGACAGCAGGACCUGAGCUGGGAGCUUUGGCACAGCACGGCCUCACCACUGUGCCAGUCAUCAGUGGAUGUCCCAGCUCCCCAGGGAUGUCUGACACAGUUCUGCAUUGCACUGUGCAAGCAUCAGGCCAGCAGAAAUCAUUAAAAUUGAUCGUGUUCCUUGCCUGUUCUGUACUUAACAUGAACGAAAAUCUUCCCCCAAAAAAUCAUGUGUUUCUUUGUAAAUGGCCAAGGAAAAAGAAUGAGACUUAACACACACAGUGUUAAGAGCUAUUGCCAUUUAAAAUGAAAACCCCUUAAAGUGUGGCAUGGUACCAUGCUUCUGAGAUCUAAGCUACUGUUAAGCAGUGAACAUACCAGGUCAGUGGAGUGAAUAUAUUGUGAAUGUACACCCGUAUCCCAAGGUGAGAACACAAGUCAUGAUACCAUUUAUGCUACCCUACAUGGAUAAUGAAGAAUAGUUUUGGUAAAGUGCUUCAAUCUUCCUCUGAAAAAAAGUUAUGAAAAUAUAAGUUUUGGAAACAUCUCCUUCUUUAAGAAGCAGAUCUCUCUGUUUCCUUGCUACAAUAGCACUUGCAUACAGUAAGCACUGUAUUUCUACCUCUACUAUCCAUUUGCUUCCAAGCUAGAUUAGAUCAAGAACAAUACAUCUGGAUGUAGAGGAAAAUGCCACCAUCCUAAAUUGUUAAAAAUUCUGUGAAAGCCUUUGGCUACAAUGAACAUUAUCAAAACAGAAACUUCUGAAUAAUAACUUAACAAGAAUUAAAAGAGCAGAUUCAUAGCAGAACAGGACAUAAAUGUCACAGUAUAUUUUCAUCAGGAGGCAAAUCUACAGGACCUGUUAGUGAUGUUUCAAAUAUGUUGUGCCAUGGGCUGCUCUCAGGUACACUGCACACCCAACCCUCCAGCAGCUGGAGUUGACAGCAAAAGUAUCAAAUGUUGAAAGACAUCUGAAACAGAAGAUAAAUUUUUUCAAAACAUAAAAAGUUUUGAAAAAAACAUAUCCUUGAUUCAGUGAAUGACAGUGUGGAAGAUCCCAUUUAUUAAUAAAUCUGAAAUACUGUGGCUGUUUUUGAAGAUGCUGCCAAAUGUAAUUGUUUUAGCAAUAUGUCAAUUUGAAAUAGAAAGUACCUUUUCUUUUUCAUCUUAUUAGCCCUUCCUUGACUACCCCAAAGAAACUUCAGAAGCAAUGAAACACGUCUCCUACUGCUCUUUGCAUUAUUACAGAUAUGAAAAUAUACUGUGACAUCCAACAUGCUGUAGAGGUGACUGAGACAGUGACAGCAGCAACAAAACAAAAAAAAAACAAACAACCCACCAAA